UUCCAUCCUUUUCCCUCCCGUCCCCGCCCCACGUUCGUCUUCCUCUUCCUCACUGCCGCCGCCGGAAGCCACCCCCCGCCCCCAACUCUCUCUCGAGGAAGCUCCUCCAAUCGCACCACCCCGAUCCAUCUUCUCAUCACCCCCCGUCCACGGACGGAGCCGUCGUUCCCGUGCCUCUGGAGAUCCAUCCAUCCAUCCAACCAACCAACCGGACUGGACUUGGAUUGUUUUCGAAUCUCCUGGAUUUUCCACCACACACAUGCAUCCUUUUGGAUUUGUCUAGUUCCUAAACCCUUCUUUCAGACUGGCAGGUAUCAAGAGGCCAUACACAUCUCGCACCUCUAAGUGGGUGUGGGCCUGCAACAAUUCUGCAACCACCCUAUCCUUGCCUUUGGGAGUAAGCCCGACUUACAUCUGGAGGCUGCGCCGAGCCUUGGAAGGCCUUUUUGUUGAUUACGGCUAAUUCCCAACGGCAGCUGAGAUGUAACAAAUUUUGCUCAGCUCAGUUCUCUAGAAAAAGGUCCUUUGGUUCAGCAAUGUGAUUGGUUUCAUAGGGUUUUUGGUGUGUUGGUGAUCAAAGCAAUCUGGUGUGAGCUUGCACAGUUGACAUCAGAGCUUAUUUCUUAUGGUUAGGUUCUUUUGCUUUUCAUCCUCUACUGCACAGCACAGAUCCAAGGAGGGGUUUUCCCCAGCAGAUGAAACCAAGCGUGCAGUGUCUAAUAAGGAUUCUCAGUUGGAGACCAUGACUGGCUCAGCUAGUCCAAACCAGAUGGCAGAUAACCGUUCAGCUGUUAGCGGGCAUUGUGGCACUAGCCCAUUAUCUCAUCAAGAAUGCUGCAGAUCAGAAGACUUGAAUAGAUAUGUAUGCUCUGAUGAGAGCAAGGAGGUUGGGCACCUAAAGAAGAGCCAGUCUCUUGGAAACAUGCUUCAAAAGGAUCAUGAUCAUAAUUCUAGCGAAGGCUCUGAGUUUGAUGUUACAAACCAUGAACACAAAUGCGACCCCUCUAGUUUCGAGAGAGGUGAAGUUGUUGGAGAAUCUACUAAGGCGUGCAGCCCAGAAAAUGAGGACGAUUUUGAUGCCUCAUCUGACCUAAUCAGCCAUGAUUUUUGUGAACCUUUGGGUGAUCACACUGUUGAUUCGGAUAGCCAUCAUCGCAUGUCUUAUUCCCAAAGCAAAUUCCCUAGAUCACAAUCUGCAAUAUUUCAGAAUGAUUGCACCAGUGAUCCAGAAGGAUCUGUCGAUUCAGAGAUACUAGGGUCUCGUUGCAGAUCUGUUGAUGGUUUAUGUUCACUGAUUGAUGAGAAGUUUGACUACCUGAGCGGUGGUGAAAUGCAUCGCAGUAAAUCGAGUUUGGAUGUUUAUUGUGCACCUUCUUCUCCAAAUGUGUACCGGGCAUCAAACAUUGACGACCGUGGUUCAGUAGGUUGCUCUGAUACUGCUGCAGAGGGUCAACGGUCCACUGAAAGCACAGAAGAAACUUUUGUCAGGGAUGGGAUCCUAGUAUGUCAUGAAUACUGGGGUAGCAAAUACAUUUGUGGCGAUCACUCACUGGAUCCAGUUGGCACUUUCUGUGCAGAUUCAGGGGAUGUUUAUCACCAUUCUGGGAAUGACGGUGACCUCAGUGAAGCUACAGAGCAAGAGAGAGAGAAGCUGUGGAACAGAGAUAGCACACUCCACCAGUCCCUAGUAGUUGAAAUGCCUGAGUCGGCGAACGUUUCUGAUACAAAUGACAUUAGUGGGGAACCUGAACACAGUAAAACUGAUAUUGAUCAGGACCCAAGUGAACUUACUCCAAGAACCUACAAUAUUAAAAGAAUUGAGGAUUGGAUCAACCAAAUUGAUAUCAAUGAUAUCGCUUUUGAUGAACAAGGAGAAAGUUCAAAUUCUGCUUUGGCCAAAUCUAGUGAGCCAAUGGCUGGUGUUCCUGCUGUGCGGCCUGAUGCUAAAAGCCCACUUGGCAUGGAGAUAGCUUACACUUAUAUUUCAAAGUUAACUCCUGCUUCAUCAUCGGCACAGUUGGCAAACCUUGGUUUGGUUGCGAUUCCAAGACUGAGCGCAUUCUCGGGUUUGCGUGUAUUGAACUUAUCAGGGAACUCAAUUGUGCGAGUAACCGCAGGAGCUCUUCCAAAAGGCCUUCACAUGUUAAGCCUCUCGAAGAAUAACAUAUCAACAAUUGAAGGCCUCAGAGAAUUGACACGACUGCGCUUGUUGGAUAUCAGCUAUAAUAGGAUAUCUAGAAUCGGUCAUGGACUGGCCUCCUGUUCCUCAUUGAAGGAGUUAUAUCUGGCUGGUAACAAGAUCAGUGAGGUAGAUGGUCUUCACCGUCUGUUGAAACUUAAGGUUCUGGACUUGCGUCACAACAAGAUUUCUACAUCAAAGGGCCUUGGGCAGCUAGCUGCGAAUUACAACUCUCUAGAAGCCAUUAACCUUGACGGCAACCCUGCACAGAAGAAUGUAGGUGAUGAGCACCUGAAGAAGUACCUGCUUGGUCUCCUGCCAAACCUUGUUGUGUACAACAAGCAGCCAAUUAGGGCGACUGGCUCAAAAGAUGUCUCAGACCGCCAUACCCGCAAGAUCUCUUCUUCGCACCGUUCCGACCGUGGUGGUAGGUCAGAUCGCAAAUCUUCCAGGUUGGUGGGUGCCUCAUCUUCUCACAAGCCACAGAGCUCACGGCACGCACGCUCUGGAUAUGCCUCAAGCUCAGCGCUGAAGUACACAAGAGCCCGCAACACGCCCAUGACUUUGCUGGGGUCAAGACCCGUUGAGCAUGCGAGUGCCAUAGAUCUGGCGAAGCAAACUCUGACAGAGGGAAAGACACAGUAAGAUAAGUCAAGUACGACCAUCAUAUACCAUGUCAGUGCUGUGAAAUAAAUGAGACACCAGUUUUGCUGAUCGAUUUUUUUUCUCACGUGAAUAAAGCUGGAAACAAUAAGCAGAGCAGUGCUUUCAUAUCAGCACAUAUUUUUCUAAUAUUGUUGAGUGGUAUUGGUGAAAAUUGGGAAUUGUAUGAUUUUUUCCCCUUAUGAAUAAAGCCUGAAUGAAACAAUAAGAUUAGCAUUUUUUUUUCAAGACGUAUUCUGUAAGACUAAUGUAAUAUUGGUUGGUGAUAAAUUUUGUGAGCAUUAUUUGAAUUUUGUGAGUUGUUCCGAGUC